UCGUAAUAACGCCAUAACCUUUCAGAGCUGAUUAUUACCUGCGUCUUCCCAGAUCUUCCUAGUAAAGAGGCUUUCCCUCCAAAUGCUCCUGAGCCUUCUUGGAACUCGACAAUUUGUCGGGCAGUCAACAACAUCUGGUGAUCCCACACUGCGGCACUGCCCUGUGCUAGGUGCUCUCCCUAGGAGGGGAGGGAAAGGAAUCCAGUCUCCUCUCUUCGGUGGCGGCUUCGGUUUCGUUAAUUUGCCUUCAAGACUUUUGCUCGCUGUUCCACUCAGCACGGACCCUUCCCUGUGUCCCAUUUCCUACCUGGGAGGCAAUCACGGACUCACCCGCUUCUCUGCUCUCUCCUCCCAUCUCCCAGGGGUCCCGGAACUAACUCCAAGCUGGUGUGCAAAGCCUCUGAGCAGUGGCCGGCCCAAGAGCUGGAGUCACCAUGGCGGCAGGAGUGGCAGCCUGGCUGCCUUUUGCGCGGGCGGCGGCCAUCGGGUGGAUGCCAGUGGCCAACUGCCCCAUGCCCCUCGCCCCUGCCGACAAGAACAAGCGGCAGGAUGAACUGAUCGUCCUCAACGUGAGCGGCCGGAGGUUCCAGACCUGGCGGACCACGCUGGAGCGCUACCCGGACACGCUGCUGGGCAGCACGGAGAAGGAGUUCUUCUUCAAUGAGGACACCAAGGAGUACUUCUUUGACCGGGACCCAGAGGUGUUCCGGUGCGUCCUCAACUUCUACCGCACGGGGAAGCUGCACUACCCGCGCUACGAGUGCAUCUCGGCCUACGACGAUGAGCUGGCUUUCUAUGGCAUCCUCCCGGAGAUCAUCGGAGACUGCUGUUACGAGGAGUACAAGGACCGCAAGAGGGAGAACGCCGAGCGGCUCAUGGACGACAACGACUCGGAGAACAACCAGGAGUCCAUGCCUUCGCUCAGCUUCCGCCAGACCAUGUGGCGGGCCUUCGAGAACCCGCACACCAGCACACUGGCCUUGGUCUUCUACUACGUGACUGGCUUCUUCAUUGCCGUGUCGGUCAUCACCAACGUGGUGGAGACGGUGCCGUGCGGCACGGUGCCCGGGAGCAAGGAGCUGCCCUGUGGAGAGCGCUACUCGGUGGCCUUCUUCUGCCUGGACACUGCCUGCGUCAUGAUCUUCACCGUGGAGUACCUCCUCCGGCUCUUCGCGGCGCCCAGCCGCUACCGCUUCAUCCGCAGCGUCAUGAGCAUCAUCGACGUGGUGGCCAUCAUGCCGUACUACAUCGGCCUGGUCAUGACCAACAAUGAGGACGUGUCCGGUGCCUUUGUCACGCUCCGGGUCUUCCGCGUCUUCAGGAUCUUCAAGUUCUCGCGCCACUCCCAGGGCUUGCGGAUCCUGGGCUACACGCUCAAGAGCUGUGCCUCCGAACUCGGCUUUCUCCUCUUCUCCCUCACCAUGGCCAUCAUCAUCUUUGCCACUGUGAUGUUUUACGCGGAGAAGGGCUCCUCUGCCAGCAAGUUCACGAGCAUUCCUGCCUCUUUUUGGUACACCAUUGUCACCAUGACCACACUGGGGUAAGUCUGUGCCGGUAGACUGGAAGAGGGUGGAGGUUGGAUGGGUGGGAAACCGUGGAUGGCAUCAGGACUGGGCAGAGGAGUGGGGAGUCGCUUGGCCAAGUUGUAGGAGCAAGGGGAGUUGCCUCAUCAGAAGAGGAAGGCACACAAGUGAUUUGUUUGGGGGUGGUAGCUUGCUCUGAAUUGAGUUUUCUUUUGGGGGGAGGCAUGCAUUUUAUACAACAUGGAAAAUCAAGCCGUCAUUUGUCUUCUCAGCCAUGUGUGCAGUGUGUUGUGGGGGGUGGGGUGAGUGGCUGUAUUCUUACAAGCUUCCGUGCUUGUAAGGGCUGUCACUGAGAGAGAAACGGGGCAGCAGGUAGGAAGGAAGAAGGCCCUGAGGAGUUCUGUGAGUGUCGUAAGGAGGGUACACAUUUCCAUUAAUCAGAAGACACCGAGAGCACUUCUGGAUCCUUCUUGCAUUUCUUUCUGUAAUAUAUCUGCAGGCUAUUUCUCUGUUGCCUUCUCUUCUCUGCUGCCACAGAUGCUCAAGGGUUCAGUGGAUCUGAGCAGACUUUCUCUAAGUGACUCUGAACUUGGGUUUUCUGCAAAGCGGGGCAUCCGAUUUGUUUUCUUCUCAUGGAAGGAGUUGCAGUCUUGCUUCCUCAGCCCGACUCUGUGAUUGAAUGCCCCGGCCUACCUGGGCGACUCUGAGGUGGUCUGCACGGAUCACGUGGUCAGACACAGAAGCAGCAAUAUCAUCAGAGGGAGGGAGAGGCACUCAGCAAGGCUACGGGUGACUCUGUCUCUUCCAUCUCCCCGAGGUCCCUUCUCCAGCUGAGGUCACAGAAAUGUAUUUAUGGUGCUGGCAUGCGAGCUUUCCAUCAGAGGAAGGGGCUCAGGAAGGAGAUUGCAAUCUUCACCCUAACAGGAUUAGAGCCAACGAAGGCAGCUUUAUGGAGACAUGUAUUUCUUAGAUUUCUUAGGGGUUUCUGCUUUGGGCGUUGCGAGUCACUGAGGCUAAUGCAAAAAUCCCUUUACAAUUCAUGUGCUGGGUCUGUAUUUGCUUAGGCCAGGAAGCGUUAUAUUGCUGAUGGAGAAUUCAUGAAGCUUUUUAUUUGGUCUUUGACAAUUCGGUUGGUGGCGUCCUGGUGAUUCGAUUUUUU